GGGCUGCAGUUCCACCACGGAGCUCCACAGCCAGCUGGCAUCCCUUUGCCAGCAUGCUUGCCCUGCUCCAGAUGGCUGGGAUCGUGGGCUUGCUGCAGGGGCUGGAACUUGCCCACUGCCAAGAGGUGGCACAACUGAGGGGGUCCCACAGCCAGGCUAUCCUGCCCGGGAAGGAUCGCUAUGACUUUGCCAUUGUCAUCCCUGCAGGCGGCAUCGAAUGCCUCUGGCAGUUUGCAAAUCAAAACGGCUCCUUCUACUUCAGCUAUGAGGUGCAGUGGACCUCAGGCCUCGGCCAUGACAGACACGUCCUGGCAACCGUGAACAACCCCAGCGGCCUCCACCUUGGCACCUCCCAGGACGUGCGGGGACAGAUCAACUUCCAGACUCAGGAGACAGGCUUCUAUCAGCUGUGCCUGAGUAAUCGGUACAACCAUUUUGGGUCUGUGCAAGUUUAUCUCAACUUUGGGGUCUUCUACGAAGGUUCUGAUCUACAAACUAAUGAACUCGAGAGGAAGGAACUGAAUGACACCCUGGAAGCAAUUGAGAAGAGCACCAGGAAGCUACUGACUGACAUCUUCCACAUGUGGCGCUACUACAACUUUGCUCGGAUGAGGUCAAGAACAGAUUCCAUCCUUCUCCAGUCCAACCACAACUACGUGAACUGGUGGUCAGCAGCUCAGAGCAUUGCCAUUGUGCUCUCUGGCAUCCUUCAGCUCUGCUUCCUCAAGCGCCUCUUUGCUAUGCAGCCCAGCCACAAGCCCAGGUGCUGAAGCCACAUCAGGAUGCAAGACCCAGUGUCAGAGGAGGGCCCUGGCUUUGGCUGGUAUCUCCUUCCCUGGCUUUACAGCUAUCACAAAGCAAAGGAGGGAGCAAGUUAUUCAUAGCCUUUCCAAGAACUUACUAGUAGGGUAACAGUAACAAUAAAUCCAAGUGAACUGAC